AUGUUUAUUCCGAGUCUGAAUGGAUGGGCCGUGGAACUUGUCUGGGAUCUGAGUUCCAGGGUUCUUUUGAAAGUACCAAGGGUUCGAAUUGUUAGUAGACGUGUCUCCGAAGUCAAGGUGGGAGUUGCCUAUUUCGGCAGCGGCGGCGAUGGUCGCGAACUUGAAUCUCACCCACUUCAUUUCUUUGAAAUGCAUACUCCGACGAGUCUUGCUAUGGCGAAUCGAAAGAGCUGGAAGACGGGAAUCAUAUCCUGCGUGGUGGUCACCACUGCGUGCACACUUUUGGUGCUUACCGCGAAGGGAUUCAACAGGCUGAUGACCGAGGAGAACUGUCACAGUGCUAUGUGUAACUUGCAACCAUGGUGGCAGCAGACAGUUUACCAAACCUCUGCAGAGAUACCUACACCCAUGUCCACAGUGAGCCCAUCGACCAUGACGACAGAUGCACCGCACAUGCAGCUCAAACGGGAGACGAGCAACGCAACGGGGAAUCCAACAGAAACCCCAACAGAAAAGACAGAGAAGACUGCGGUGGAGACUACAGCAGUUGAAAUACCAUCAUGCGAACUCACUUCGUGCGAGCAUACACAGAGCAACGAUCCAGGCCGAGGAAUGGCCCAGGGAACCACCGCGGAGACAGUCCCGCUGGGUGAUGACUCCAAGUCCGAACAUGGGAUGGAUCAGAUCGAGGAAGAGAGUCAAUCACAGUUUGGCUGCUUGAACAAUGACCUGGGUGCAGCAAACAUCAAGAUUGCCCGUUUGGGUAUGAAUGUCGCUAUGGACGGUAUGGAUACCGGUGUUUUGAGAAGACGGGGUGGCAUCGGGAGUGCCGGGAGCACUUGA